AUGCAAAUCUUCGUAAAGACUUUGACUGGCAAGACCAUCACUUUGGAGGUCGAAAGUUCCGACACCAUUGACAAUGUCAAGCAAAAGAUUCAAGAUAAGGAAGGUAUUCCCCCAGACCAACAACGUCUUAUCUUCGCUGGUAAGCAACUCGAAGAUGGUCGUUCUUUGAGCGAUUACAACAUCCAAAAGGAAUCCACCCUUCACUUGGUCCUCCGUCUUCGUGGUGGUAUCAUUGAACCCUCUCUCAAGGCCUUGGCUUCCAAGUACAACUGUGACAAGAUGAUCUGUCGUAAGUGUUAUGCUCGUCUCCCUCCUCGUGCUACCAACUGUCGCAAGAAGAAGUGUGGCCGUACCAACCAACUUCGUCCCAAGAAGAAGCUCAAGUAA